AUGUCGGAAGGGGAAUCAUGGCGCCGCAACGCCGAUGAGGCACAAGAGGAAGAGGAAGAAGUCGACGAGUCUGGCUAUAAGACUGUAAAAGAUGCUGUUCUCUUCGCCAUAGAUGUGAGCAAGACCAUGCUUCAGAAACCUACCCCUACAGAUGGCAAGAAAGCCGACCGAGACUCGCCGACUUCCGCUGCCCUCAAAUGCGCAUAUCAAUUAAUGCAGCAACGAAUCAUAUCAAAUCCAAACGACAUGAUGGGAAUACUGUUGUUUGGUACUGAGAAGUCGAAAUUGCACGGGGGCGAAGAUGGUUCAGGUACGGGCAUGAGCUACCCUAACUGUUACCUGGUAUCCGACCUCGAUGUACCGUCCGCUGAGGACGUCAAAAGACUAAGGAAUUUGGUUGAGGACGACUUUGAAUCGUCGAAAUUACUACGGCCCACAACCGACGCUGUCUCUAUGGCAAACGUAUUGUUCUGCGCAAAUCAAAUUUUUACGACCAAAGCACCCAACUUCUCAUCCAGGAGACUUUUCCUUGUAUCAGAUAAUGACGACCCACACGAAAAUGAUAAAGACUCAAAGUCAGCAGCGGCUGUCAGAGCCAAGGAUCUUUACGAUCUAGGAGUUGUCAUCGAGCUUUUUCCCAUAGCAAAGCCUGGACAUGGUUUUGAUCGAUCUCGCUUCUAUGAUGAUAUCGUUUACCGCUCAUCGACAGGCGAACCAGACGCGCCUGCACCAGUAUCUACGGCAGCAAAAGUCUCUUCAAGUGGAGACGGUAUUUCUCUUCUACAGUCACUGUUGUCUUCUGUCAAUUCGAAAGCUGCUCCCCGACGUGCUGCUUUCAGCUUACCCCUUGAGAUAGCCCCUGGGCUCAAAAUCGGAGUCAAAGGCUACAUCCUCGUGAAAAGACAGGAGCCAGUGCGUACAUGCUACGUGUGGGUUGGUGGGGAGAAGCCUCAGCUCGCCAUCAGCUCCACGACACAGCUGGCUGAAGAUACGGCUAAAACGGUCGAGAAGAGUGAGGUCAGGAAAGCCUAUAAGUUUGGCGGUGAGACGAUCUCGUUUACACCAGAAGAAAUCACCCAGAUCCGCAGCUUUGGCGAUCCAACUCUACGCAUCAUCGGCUUCAAGCCAGCGUCUCUUCUGCCCGUCUGGGCAAACACUCGUCCUGCGUACUUUAUAUAUCCGUCCGAGACAGAUUUCAUUGGCUCGACCCGAGUCUUCUCUGCUCUGCAACAGAAGCUUCUCCAGGACGACAAGAUUGGCCUGGCAUGGUUUAUUCCUCGCAGAAAUGCGACGCCUACGCUUGCCGCUCUUGUGCCCGGUGAAGAGAAACUCGGUGACGAUGGUGAUCAGGUCAUCCCUCCAGGCUUAUGGAUCGUCCAACUUCCUUUUGCGGACGACAUCCGACAGAAGCCAGAGAUCAUUUUAACUCGCACAACAGACACUCUUACUGAUAUGAUGAGAAUUGUAAUACAGCAGCUUCAACUUCCAAAGGCAGUCUAUGAUCCCAUUAAGUAUCCUAAUCCAUCGCUGCAGUGGUUCUACCGCAUCUUGCAGGCUAUUGCUCUCGAUGAGGAUGUUCCAGAUAAGGCUGAGGAUAAGACGAUUCCGAAAUACAGGCAGAUUGACAAGCGUGCUGGUUCAUAUGUGGUUACAUGGGGGAAUGAGCUGGAGCAAACUGCUCAAAAGCUAUCUAGCCUGAGACCUCCAGUUAAAGGUAUUAAGCGAGGCAGCGAAGAUCCAGAUAGUGCACCCACUAAGAGACUAAAGGCUGUCAAAACUGACAGUGGGUCUAUGACUGAUAAUGAUAUGAAGAAGCGGUAUGCAGAGAAGAGUAUAUCAAAGCUCACUGUGCCAAUAUUGAAAGAAUGGGCUAGCAGCAAGCACAUCCCAAUAGACGGCAAAAAAGCCGAUCUGAUUGAACGUAUCGAGGAAUACUUCGAGAACAAGUGAUGUUGCUUCAAGUGCAAGAUUACAACACCGAAACAAAGCACUGUUGCCGACUAAAUACGUCAAUAAAAUAUCCCUUAGAAAGAGCUCAAAUAGACGUCUUGUAUCUACAGCAUCACGCCAUGGACGAAAGCCACGAAGCAGAUACAGAAUGCAGUCCCCGACGCAGGCCCAGGACUGAUACACGGCUCUGACGCACGCCGCGUAAUAGUAUGUCCACCCGGUGAUUCGAAGGUCACCCGGAAUU